ACACAGUGAAAAAGGAAGAGUCUUUCCUAUUUGUAUAUUUUGGGUUUCUUUUGGUCUGGCCAUCCACCUCAUCUGGGUGCCAUUGGAAUCUUGCUCACAAGGCUCAGAGGAGGUUUGGCUUUUCUGGGUUUCUGGUGAUCUUGCUUUGGGUGGUGGGUUCAGAACCCAAAAGGGUUUGGGGUGAAUCACAAAAGAGGUGAAAAAGAUAGAAACUUUGGGGCAUUGGAAUGUGGGGGAGCUCAGGAACUCCUGGGGAUUCUUUCUAUGAGGUUCGCUCUGAGUGUACUGAUGUACCCAAAAGCCGGUUUAAGAUCAAGGCAGGUAAAACUCUAAGUUCAAGGAAAUGGCAUGCGGCAUUUUCUCCAGAAGGUCGUCUGGAUAUAGGCAAGACUUUGAGUCGAAUCCAUCGCGGGGGUAUCCAUCCAUCAAUUAGAGGAGAAGUUUGGGAAUUUCUACUUGGCUGUUAUGACCCAAAUAGCACAUUUGAAGAAAGAGAGCAGCUCCGUCUACGCCGAAGGAUAGAAUAUGCUAGGUGGAAAGAAGAUUGCCGCCAAAUGUUUCCUGUUGUUGGAAGUGGUAGGUUCAUCACUGCUCCUGUGAUUACUGAUGAUGGUCAGCCCAUUCAGGAUCCAAUAGUGCUUAUGCAAAUAAAUCCAAAUAAGGGACAGGAUUUAUCUUCACAGGAAAAUGGUAAAGCCAAUGGUCUUGCCAUGAAUCCUGCUAGUGCUCUGGAACCGGUGAAUGAUAAGAAAAUAAUCCAGUGGCUGCUUACUUUACAUCAAAUAGGGCUUGACGUGGUUCGGACUGACAGGACGCUAGUGUUUUAUGAGAAGCAAGAAAACUUAUCAAAGCUUUGGGAUAUUCUAGCUGUUUAUGCUUGGAUAGAUACAGAUGUUGGCUACUGUCAAGGAAUGAGUGAUCUUUGCUCCCCCAUGAUUAUCCUUCUUGAUGAUGAAGCAGAUGCAUUUUGGUGUUUUGAACGUUUGAUGCGCAGACUGCGAGGAAAUUUCAGAUGUACUGAUAACUCUGUUGGGGUGGAGGCACAACUAAGUAAUUUGGCUUCAGUCACUCAAGUCAUUGAUCCAAAACUUCAUCAGCACUUAGAGACACUAGGUGGAGGUGAUUAUUUAUUUGCUUUUCGGAUGCUUAUGGUUUUGUUCCGUCGGGAAUUCUCCUUUUGUGAUUCGUUAUACCUUUGGGAGAUGAUGUGGGCUCUUGAGUUUGACCCUGACUUGUACAGUGUGUAUGAAGAUUCUGACACUGAUGCAGAAAGAACCGAGGGAUCUGGAUCUUCGAAAGGGAAAUCACAAUCGAAACGUCAUUAUGGGAAGUAUGAGAGGGAAAAUAUGAAAGUAAAAGGUCCAGAAGCACCUCUCCCAAUAUCUGUUUUCCUGGUUGCCAGUGUCUUAAAAGAUAAGAGCUCAAAACUACUGACAGAAGCUCGGGGUCUCGAUGAUGUUGUUAAGAUAUUAAAUGACAUAACUGGAAAUUUAGAUGCCAAGAAAGCUUGCAGUGGCGCAAUGAAACUUCACAAGAAAUAUCUUAAAAAGCAGGCUCAGAAAACAUAGCAUCAGCAUCCACAUGAAAAUUUGGCUAGUCAAGAAGGAAUGUUCCUUACAUUCUUUGUCAAGAGGUCAUUAAUAUCGUGCCAGUGUUGGCUAUAAGAUAUUAGAGAGCUGCGAUGUUGGUCCAACCUCAGAAUAUUGCCACAAAACAGCUAGUGUUUGUUAAAUUGAUCUGAAUUAUUUGUAAAUUUAUAACAUUCUUUGUAGGCCUAUCAUUUGUACAUCAUAACGAGGCCCUAUGUUUUGUGUAACUAUGUUGUAUGAAAUGAUAUUAUGAGGGAAAAAUGAUAAUGCUUACAUCUCU